AUGAAAUUUCCAAAGAAUAGCAUUGAGAUAUCUUUUGGUAAGAAUAAUUUUUAUGGUCCAGAAGAAUCAUUAGUGAUAGGCGAUGAAGAGGGUUCUAAAAGGUUGUGGAGAUUGUCCGAUGAUGUUGCUAUACGUGUGAUUGACUCUAACUUAUUUGUGUUCCAAUUCUUCAAUGAUGAAGAUAAACAGAGAUUUCUUGAUGGUAGGACCUGGACGUUUGAUAAACAAAUAUUGUUGUUGAAGUCUAUGGAUGGGGAUGAACAACCAUCCGAGAUUGUCAUUGAAAAAUGUCCUUUUUGGGUUAGAGUCCUUGAUGUUCCUUUCGGUCGAAGGAACGAAGCUUUUGCUCGUGAGGUUGGGGAAGCAGUGGGGGGUUUCCUGGAGUUUGAUGAGGAGGAUCCUCAGGGAUGGGACGAAUUCAUGAGGAUAAAGGUGAUGGUGGACAUAACAAAACCGCUGCGAAGGGGGAUUAAGGUGGCUACUUGUCCCUCGAUGUCAAAGUGGGUAGGUUUUAAGUACGAAAGGCUGGGGGAUUUUUGUUAUUUUUGUGGAAGGUUGAGGCAUCUCAAUAAGGAUUGCCUCGAACAGGAAAAGGUGGAGGAAGAACGCUCUCUGGUUUUUCAAUAUGGCCCGUUCAUGGUGGCAUCUCCACAUCAACGACCUCGUGUUUCAUUAAUGGAGAGGGAGAGGGAGAAGAAAUGGAUUGAAAAUCUAUCAAGUACAAGGCAUGUCCAACGUAUGACGUAUAACAAUCCUAAUGCCAUUAAACUUGGCCUGCCUAGUGCUGCCAGGAAGAUGUCCUUUACUCCUACAAAAUCGGUUGUGCCUGUGGAACCAAAGGCAAGGGAAACAACUCUUAUAGCAAUGACUGAAGAAGGUAGUUCGAAUGUCGUCCUUCAUACUGUAAUUGCAGUGCCUAAUGCUCAAAAAAAGCCACUGGCAGUUUCUAGUGAUGAUGUAGGGGAAAAAAAAGAAGGGUGA